AUGGUACGACCUACAUCUGAUCAUUAUAGGAUAUUAGGCGUUGCACCUAAUGCAACUUUAGAUGAGAUUAGAAAAGCAUUCAAGAAAUUGUCUUUAAAAUUUCACCCAGAUAAAACACCCAACGUAGAAGAUCAUGAGAAAUUUAAGGCUAUUAAUGCUGCAUAUGAAUUGAUUAAGAAUUAUAUGGAGAAUCCCGAACAAGAUAAUCCAACACCAUCUCCUAUGAAUAAUUACAUGCCACAGCAAUAUCCCCACGGGUUUACAUUUGCUCGUCCACAAUACGAAGCUCCGCGUCCCACUCAUACAGAGUAUGCAAAGAACUAUUAUAGCACAUCAACAGCAUCUACAACUACCAACACUAAUACUAAUCCUAGACCAACUGCCACAAACAAUGGGUUCCCGUAUUAUCAUAUGUUCAAUAAAUUUGGUGAAGAAGCUCAACAAAGAAAGGAUUUUCAAGAACGUAAUGCACAAUUCGAAAGAAUACGGCGUGAAAUGCUUGAACGAGAUAAAGCCUCUGAAGCACAACGAAAGAGAGAAGCUGAAGAAGCAAUUCGAAGAAGACUUGAAGAAACACAAAGAAGAAAAGCAGCUGCUCGUAAAUUAGAUGAAGUUCGAGAAUCCGUUCAAAAUGCUUACAAAACGAAUCUUGCAGAAGCAGCAAAGCAAAUGACGGCGGAGGAAAUCAAAAGGGAAGAAGAACGAAGGGUAAAGGAGGACGAAAUCGCCACAGAACAAGCAAAACCAGUAAAAGAGGAAAGAACCGCACAAGCUGAAUCUAUCAAUAAACAACCAGGGUAUACCAUGGAUGAUGAUGAGUACGAUCCUAGUUAUAUGCCAUCUUCAACCUUUUCUCGUAGUCCAACACGAGAAACUACAGACAAUGGGAAAUCAGAUAGGAUUGAUACUUCGACAAACGGCGGUGAUGCUAGCGGUAGUAAAAUUUCUGAACCUAUUCUUGUUAGUGAUUCUGAAUUGGAUGAUACAUUUAAAUAUGGUGACAAUGAGGAAGAAGAAGAAGAAGAAGGUGAUUUGUACGAUCCACUGAAAGAUAUUCCUACAAUACCCAGUUUCAGACGACACCUGUCGCUAUCAAAAUCACAAAAUAAAAGAAGAAAGUUUAACGCAGCUGAUGGGGCUGGACGUGGAUUUAAUGCAAGCGAUCCCAUUGUAUUGGAAGAAAAUUUGGAUAAAAAAGGGACUAUUAUCCCAGAUAUAAUUCUGUUACUGGAUGAUGACAAAGAUGAUAAUGAUGACACUAAUACUACAACAGGGAAUGUUCCUCUGUCUUCAGUGGAUAAUUCGAUGGAUAAAGGGAAAUAUAAUACAAAGUACACCACACCUCCAUUAGGACUGUCGUCUGAAGGUAUUCAUCGUCAUGAUGAGCCGAUGAAAGACAUUCACGCCGAAGAUGAUGAUAAUGAAGAAUAUGAUCCAAGUGCUGUGCCUAUAACUCAGGGGGCUCGGUCAGUUAACUGGAACCAACUGAAUUAUAAAGAUGAAGAAACCAGAUCGACCAGUGAGAAAUCUUCUGAAAGGAGAAAUUCGGAUUGUAGUGGAUACAACCCAUCACCGGCUGAUGCAUCAAUAAACCAUCCAGUUUAUAAUCAAUCCCGACCUCAUCCAACGACUCCACAUAAAAGAUCAAAAAUUUCUUCCAAUGGUGGUGCAUUCAAUUUGAAUGAUCUAGAAUCAAAAUUGGGUAAAGACAUAGAAGAGGUUGAUUUCAAGGAUCUUUAUGAAAGUUUACCAAGUCAAGGGAAAAGGCAAUCAACUAAUAAUAAUCUAACUCAGCACAAAAGAAGGGCUUAUGUGUAUAGUGAUGGGCGUUCUAGAGCUGAAACAUUGGCAACCCCAUUGAAUAAGAAUUCUGUCCGUGGGCAUAGUACAAAGAAAAAACUUACAAUGUUGGAUAUGCAUGCGUCUAAGAAUAUUAGAGGGAUUGUUGCACCAACUCCACCACAUAUGGUUAUUCAUCCAUCGGUUUCUAGACCAGAUUGGCAAAGCUAUGUAAAUGCUAUUAUCAAAUACCAACAUGAGUUUAUUAACUACAAGAGAUUGAUUGUUCAGUACCAAAAGGAAAGAAUCCUGAAGGAUAUUGAAAAUUUUGAUUUGAUAAAUGAUGAUGAUGUUACUGAAAAUUUUGAUACAUACACAGAGUGUUUGCAACAGGAUUAUAUUGUCAUGAAUGAAUUUCUUGAAGCGUCUCGCCAAUUUGGUAAUACAAUUACAGCGUAUCAACAAAAUCGUCAAUGGAUUCAAACUUUUAAGCUGAAUAAUCCCGAGUGGAACUAA